AUGAUCGGAGAGGGUCGUGAUGAGGCCGGUAGGCUAUAUGUUGGCCCUCUGCUAGAGGACGACGAACGCCUACUCAAUCCCGAUGCUUCCGAGGAUUUCCCGCCACCCGAUGUGGAAUCAGGUAGCGCCCUUCCCAUCUGGUUACAGGAAUCGUCCAAGUCUUUUCGCUGGGGCUGGGUCCCUUUACCAUUGCGAAAAGCAGGACGAGCGACUGCAGAUUGGAUUAAAGGGCCCGACCCGUCUCAUAUGCUUCUAUUGAAGCCAUUGUUUCCGCGCGUACAGGAACUGCCCGUCCAGUACCUUGAUCGAUUCUUUCCAAAGCGCAAACAGAAGCUGGUUCUCCUUUUGGUGCUAUAUGUAUCUUGGUUUCUACCCUGGUUUUUGAUUCUAUUAAACUCCCGUUCCUCGGGUUACAUAGAAGGAUACGGACAGCUCCAGACACUCUCCUGCUCUUCUAAUCUCUGGGAAUUUGAUAAUGGAUGCGGCAUGAAUGGUAAUGACUGCCGUCCAUUCAUGGAAUCGACUAUCGCCUUUCGUUGCCCCGCAAAUUGUCGCGACACCAAAUUGUUAGAGCCCCAUGUUGUAGGCAACCAGACCUUCAACUACCAAGGUCUUGUCAUCGGAGGCCCACAGCCGCAUUCCUCGGAACCUGGAGUAUACCGCGCUGAUAGCUUUGUAUGCCAGGCGGCGAUUCAUUCUGGGGUUAUCUCCAACGAUGGCGGCUGUGGUGUUGUACAACUCGAGGGCGCGGCUCACUCUUUCCCGGCAGUGAAACAACACGGAAUCCAAUCGGAAUCGUUCCCUUCGACUUUCCCCAAGGCAUUUAGCUUUCUGCAACUAUCUUCUUCGCAAGCUAACUGUCCAGCGGAUCCUCGUUGGUCUCUCCUCGGGCUUACGGCCGCUGCGAUCGGAGUGCUAUGGCUUUUCUGUACUUCGCCGCCUGUGCUUUUCUUUAGCACAUUCUUUAUCGUAUUUUCCCACACGGGACUUGUGGCCGAUCCGCCUUCCUAUCCAGGACUUGCCGAUCUUGUUUCCACGCUGUUGUCUCGGAUGCUCCCCGCAUCAUUUGUCGUAUAUGUCCUAUACAAAUUCUGCGCUGCCCCUCUUUUGCAGCCCAUCAAAUCACCUAUAUACCAGCUUGAGAAGCUCCUUUUAUACCUGCCUACGCUGUUCAUCGGGGCUUUGAACAACUAUACUUUCGCGCGGCUUAUUCCGCUCCAGCGCCUCACGCCAAUGGAUAUCCAACAACAACCUGGCGCGAAGCUGGCACUGGCAUUUGUGAUUCCCAUCGUCAUUACUAUUGUUUUCAGCCAAGCCUGGCAGAUUCGUCAGGGUGGCCUGCUACCUCGCUACCUCAAGAUUUAUUGCACCAUGGGUCUUAUGAUCCUGAUCCUAUCGCCACUUCCGGGCCUGCGACUUCGAAUUCAUCAUUACAUUCUCGCUAUAUUACUUAUGCCUGGAACUGCUUUCCCGACGCGCCCUUCUUUGCUCUACCAGGGAUUGCUCCUUGGUCUGUUUAUUAAUGGCAUUGCCCGUUGGGGAUUUGCCUCCAUCAUUGAAACACCUGCAGCCUUGGGAGAAUUGGCUCCUGGCCGCAGUGGAGACCAUGGUUGGUGGGGAUCAACCUAUCCCAAUAUCACUGAUUCUUCGGUACAUAUUUUCCUGCCUGGUGAGGACUCCCCUGAGACUCACCAUGGAAAUGGUAACAUCACCUUUUCUUUGUGGGAGCAUGACCGAAUGUCUGAACUCGCCGUGGAUGGAAUUUCCAUUCUGCUCAACGACGUCGAACGUUUCCGGGGUUACGUAGAUGAAGACAAGCGAGGUGAAUUCACAUGGCAUCGUCAUGGUCAUGAUGGGUUGGAGCUGCAGCAGCCGCUCAUUUUCGAACGCCGGAGCCUCCAGAAAUCGUUCGACACCCAGAGCAAAAUUCUUGCUGACAGUGAUCCUUCCGAUGUGCCUGAUGAUCUGUUCUUCCGGUUCGCGUUCCUGCGGGGAGCUAAGCCCGGCAAUUAUGGACCCACAGGUGUCUGGCGAAGUGAUGGGUCUUGGGUUUCCCCAGCUGCUCCUGAAUGGUAG